AUAUAUAUAUAUAUAUAUAUAUAUAUAUAUAUAUACGGUCAGUUCGCUUACACCAUAGAGACGUGCACCUGUUGAUACCGUUUACACGCUGUACGCCUUCUACUGCCGCAGCAUCAGCUGCAUCUUGUGUGAUCCUGACAAGAAGGCAUUGUAUUCAGAACUUUAGAUAUGAAAAUCACAUCUACAGAGCUGAAUACAGCCAUUCUUUUAUGAGCUUUUUUCAUUUUUUUCUCAAAUAGCUGCCAAAGCGCAUAGAUGGCGCUUCUAAACACUCCCAAGCAAGCGUUGCGAUUCUCUCCACUCUUUGCUUUGUCGUCCCGCUGGUUGCCCUAGUUACCGUGUGUUCCUCACGCUGCAUCGCCGGUGUCGCUAGCGUCGCGCGGUCGCUCAGUAGCUGUUGCCUUCGCUACCGUUUUUCUUCCACGGUAGUGUCGUUGUGACUGCAAGCGCGAUGCAUUUCUUCGAUGGUUAAGGUUUCCUUGUCUGCUUGAAAGGAAAAUGUCGGUCCGAGGACAGAUUUGGGCCGUUCUCGACGUUAUACUACGGGUGCCACCGUUGUUUGUGAUGGACGCCGUCUUAAGCUGCAGUUUGGGGCUUCGACAUGGCAGUGCUGUUGAACCAGGUGUCGAUGUAAUAAAAGACAACAGUGACGGAAGCAAUUCGUCCAGUGCCCUACUUGAGAACGACGUCUUUACGCACUUCGACCUAUCGACAUUGUUGUGGUCAUUUUUGUACCUGCAAGCCUUCUUGGGUGCCCUGGUGAUGGCAGUGCUGCAGACGCGCCAGUUGCUGCACGUCUACCUCUGGCUGAGCGCGCAGGGUGCCGUGCUCUGGUCGUACGUGUGCAACCGUGAGCUGGUGCGCUACGCCGAGGAACUAUCGCGCGACGGCAGCUUACUGCUCGAGUUGCUGCGGCUCGAGCCCGGUGCACUGCUGCGCACGGGCGCCAACUACGCGCUGCAGCUGCUGCUGGCGCUGCUGCUCUCAGCCGGCCGGGGUCCCAGGGCCACGGCGGCGCUAGCCCUGGCGUUACUGGCGCCCACCGUGACCAGUGUGUGCCUGGUUCCGGCGCCCGGGGCCAGCCCGGUGGCGGCCGCCCUGGGCGCGCAACUGCUGCUCGCGGCGCCUGCGCUUCGCCGUGCGGGCCCGGCGUUGGCCGCCGGCCGCCGCGCCGUAGUGCGUACGCGUGCCCUGCUCGGCCAGCUGGGAGGCCAGGCGCUGCUCGAGGCCCACUGGGCGAGCUUGCGGGCGCCCACCGUACUCCGCCUCUUCUGGCUCCUGCGGCUGGCAGUGCACGCGGCUCUGCUGCCGGCGCGGCUGCCUGCCGCGCAGGUGCUGGCGGAGCUCGCGGCGCGGGGCUGCGACACGAGCGUGGCCUUACUCGGAAUGGCCUCCCUGGUGGCCGCCCUGGCGCGGCUGGCGGCUGGCGCGGCUCGCCGCCUUCUGCUGCUCGAGGGCAGCCCCGAGCGCAGCCUGGCCACCGUGGCCGGCCUCCUGUUCCUGGUGCUGGCGUUGCAGACGGGCCUGACGAGCCUGGACCCACCGCAGCGGCUUGCCCGGCUGGCGCGAAACCUCUGCCUGCUGGCCACGGCCGUGCUCCACUUCGUGCAGGGCAUGCUGGGCCCGCUUCUCGUGUCGCUGGGCGCGUCCCGCAGCGGCUCGCGCCAGCGGCACGCACGCGCGCUGGGCCUCAGCCUGGCGCUGGCUGCAUGUCCGUGCCUGCUGCUCAGCUACCUGUGGAGGCACCAGCCAGUGAGCACGUGGCUGCUCGCAGUCAGUGCUUUCAGCGCCGAGCUCGUUGUCAAAGUGGCAAUCUCACUGCUCAUCUAUCUACUUUUCCUGGUGGACGCACACCGUGAGACAAUGUGGGAGCCCUUAGAUGACUACGUCUACUAUCUGCGAGCUACAGGCAGUGUCCUAGAGUUCCUGUUUGGUGUCUUCCUCCUCUUCAAUGGUGCCUGGAUAUUUGCAUUCGAAUCACGUGGCACAAUAAGAGCUUUCAUGAUGUGCUUCCACGCCUACUUCAACAUAUGGCAACAAGCCAAGGCUGGCUGGAAAGCUUGUGCACGGCGCAGAGCUGCUCUCUACAAGCUGCACUCUCUCCCAGAGGCUACAACCCAGCAGUUGCGUGAACUAGACGAUGUGUGUACAAUAUGCUUUCAAGAACUGCAGACAGCAAGAGUGACUCGAUGUCGUCAUUUUUUUCACAGUGCAUGUCUUCGGAAAUGGCUCUAUGUGCGAGACAUGUGUCCACUCUGUCACAGCACACUCUACCACCAGUAAGGACUCAAAGAACUGGCUCUUUUCCGAGUGUAUUUAUUGCAUCUAAAUCACAAAAUCACAAGUGGCAAAAUUGA